CCAUACGCGUGCGUCCCCGCAGCACAUCCAUCACGCGGUUCACCGUGCGCAGCUCGCGGCCGACGGGGGUGGGAUUUAUUUUGUUUUUGUUCCCAUGGUUUGCGAUGAUGCCCGAGCAGAUGGUGAGGUUGCCUGUUCGGGCACCGCUGCUGGUGUCGGACUCGUUUUAGUGUAGCUGACCUGCGCCAGGCAGCUGCUCGUCCCUGGAAGCUGCGCGCCGCAUGCAGCUUUUACCACUUCACAAGUGCCACCUUUGUCUACAGCGCGGGGUGCAUCUGAGCAGAUGUUCCGAGCGGAGGUUUUUGCACAGAUAAGAUUUGUCCUCGUAAAUAAGGGAGAUAGAUAGAUAAUCUACCCCCACCCCUCAGACCCUCCCCGUGUCAUCUUGGAGAGCUGCGGAUACCGCAUGGGUCAGAUACAGUAGCCUGCAGCAGGAGGAUCCUACAGAGGCUCGAACCUGAAGGUGAGGAAGUGAGAAAAAGCGAUCCAACGGUCAAGUUUGGACCAGAUGAUCUUCUGCAAACAACUUCCUCCUGCAUAAUAAAUCUCCACUGUGGAAAGUGCCUACAGCAUUCAGCAAGCAGUGAAGUAGACUCAUGGUCAUGAACGUUCCCUCCACGUCUUUCCCAACAAAACAACCUCUCAUCUAAGCUUUGUGUGAGUUGACAGAGCAGACAAGAUGGCGGUCAGUUCGCAGUCGUGGCCUCCUCUACUCUGGCUGUUUAUGGGAUUGUUUCUUUCCUCUCCGUCAUCCGUGUAUGGCAAAGGCAAAGCGUGUCCACAUCUGUGUGUUUGCGAGAUCCGCCCUUGGUUCACCCCCCAGUCGACAUACAAGGAGGCCACCACGGUAGAUUGCAAUGACUUGAGGCUCCUGAACAUCCCUGCCAACCUAUCCACGGAUACUCAGGUGUUACUGCUCCAAAGUAACGCCAUCUCUCACACCAGCGGAGAGCUGGAGUCGUUGUUCAAUUUGACGGAGUUGGACUUGUCCCAGAAUAACUUCAGUACCGUGGAAGCAGUGGGCCUCACAAGCAUGAACCACUUGACCACCCUGCAUCUAGAGGAGAACCAGAUUAGCAAGCUGCCAGACCACUGCCUCGGAAACUUGUCCAAUCUCCAGGAGCUCUACAUCAACCACAACCAGAUAAGCGCCAUCUCCCCUCGGGCAUUUGCAGGCAUGCAAAGUCUUCUGCGCCUUCAUCUGAACUCCAACAAGCUCCAUGUCAUAGACAGCCGCUGGUUUGAAGAAACACCAAAUCUUGAGAUCCUUAUGAUCGGGGAGAACCCAGUUAUUGGCCUCCUAGACAUGAACUUUAAGCCUCUCGGGAGCUUGAGGAGCCUGGUCCUGGCCGGCAUGGACCUCACCGACGUUCCAGCAAAUGCUUUUGUAGGUUUGGAUAGCCUUGAAAGCAUUUCUUUCUAUGACAACAAACUGGUCAGAAUCCCUCAACUGGCGCUUCAAAAAGUUCUAAAUUUGAAAUUCUUGGAUUUGAACAAGAAUCCAGUUCACAAAAUUCAAGAAGGAGAUUUCAGGAACAUGUUCCACCUGAAGGAGCUGGGCAUCAACAAUAUGAUGGAGUUAGUGUCAAUUGACCGGUAUGCUCUGGACAACCUACCAGAGCUGACGAAGCUGGAGGCCACCAACAACCCAAAACUGUCUUAUGUGCAUAGGUUAGCCUUUCGGGACAUGUCCUCGUUGGAGAGCCUGAUGCUAAACAAUAACGCCCUCACUGCACUUUACCAGCACACUGUGGAGGCGUUGCCUAAUCUACGGGAAAUCAGUCUGCAUAGCAACCCGUUGCGUUGCGACUGUGUCAUUCAGUGGAUGAGCUCCAACAGGACCACAGUACGUUUCAUGGAGCCCCUGGCCAUGCUCUGCACCACCCCACCAGAACUCAGGGGAAAGCAGGUUCGACAGCUGAGGCUGCUGGAGUCCUCGGAGCAAUGCCUGCCCCUCGUUUCCCAGAACACCUUCCAGAGCCACUUGGACCUGGAGCUGGGCAUGACUCUCAGUCUUGACUGCAGGGCCAUGGCUGAGCCAGAGCCUGAGAUCUACUGGGUGACUCCUCUGGGGACCAAAAUCACAACAGACUCGGUGUCUGAGCGCUACCACUUAAAUAAUGAGGGGUCCUUGCGGCUGUCACAUGUUCAGGUGGAGGAUUCAGGUCGUUACACCUGUGUGGCCCAGAACACAGAAGGAGCUGACACGCGGGUCGCCACCAUCCGUGUAAAUGGCACCCUGCUCGACAGCGCCCAGGUGAUGAAAGUCUACGUCAAGCAGACGGAGUCACACUCCAUCCUGGUCUCCUGGAAAAUCAAUUCUAACGUGAUGUCCUCCAACCUGAAGUGGGCCUCAGCCACCAUGAAGAUUGACAACCCGCACAUCACCUACACGGCGCGCGUCCCCGUAGACGUCCACGAGUAUAACCUCACACACCUUCAACCAUCCACAGAGUACGAGGUAUGCCUCACGGUCUCCAACGUCCACCUGCAGACACACAAGUCAUGUGUCAAUGUGACGACACGUAGCGUUACCUUUGCCCUGGACCUGUCGGACCAGCACCCAAGUGCGGCCGUGCUGGCUGUUAUGGCGACCAUGUUGGCUUUCCUCAGCUUGGCCACCGUGGGCGUCUACGUAGCUCGCAGAUGGAAGAGAAAAAGCUACCACCACUCUCUGAAGAAAUACAUGCUGAAGACGUCCUCCAUCCCCCUGAACGAGCUUUACCCUCCGCUCAUCAACCUGUGGGAGAUUGACGGGGAGAAGGACAAAGACUGCGGUGCCGAGGGCAAACCGUCUCCUGUUGAUACCACACGUAGUUAUUACAUGUGGUGAGGACUCAGUAAAGAGGCCGUGGCUGCCUCUCCAGCAGCACAAAAUACACACUUUUUCCAUUUGGGGGCAAAAGUCGAAGUUGCAAAUGUUUUUUUUGUAUUCUUAGCUUUGCUAAUAAGAGGCAAAGUGACCAAGGACAGGAUUUGAAUUAGUAUAGCGUAUCGCCUCUGUUUGAUUCGUAAUCUUCUUUCUCUUAAUUAUUUUGGACUUUCCAUGUUGGCAGCUGUAUUUAGCCUCCAGGCUGUCUUAGUUGCUAUGCUCUUGUUUCCAUGGUGCAUUUUUUUAUAUACUUUCCAUUGGGUUAGUAAUAUAGCAGGAGGAUCCUAUGGUCUUCUUACCGCAUUAGUAGCAAUCAGUGGUUCUAAUCUGUUGCAGAGUUUUUAUGAACUUCAGUUAAAAGCUGACAGCGUGGUUUAGACUUGUUAACUGUCUACUGAAUGUUAGCAAUUGUGCAGUAAUGUUGUAUCAACUAUACCUUUUAAUUUUCUGAUUAAAUUGCAAGCGAAUAGCUUUCGUAGUUUGCUGAUAAAUGUGAUGUUAAUGCUAGAAAUAUAAAUGUUUAUAUAUGUCUUUUUACUAAGGUGCACUAGAAACAUUUUGACCCUUUCCCCUUUUACUCACCUAUUUUGCUACACUUCUUGGCUAGUUUAUUAUUUUCACAUGCAUUCUGUAUAUUGAAGAAAUUAUAAUAAAUACCUUUUGUCUUUUUUGCAGAAA